ACCGAGUCCAGGGGAGGAGGAGGUCCUCCCCUGGACUCGGAGCGUCACAACCGUCUUCGUGGUCUUCAGGAGAACUUGGACUCGCGGCGCGCCACUUGAACUCGGCGGGGCACGAGGCGUCUCCCGCGCGGUCACGAGCCGGACUCAGGUCCGUCUGCCCAAGACCUCCUCAGGAGGUGACCUCAUGGCUGGACCCAGACCCAGCUCAGCACUCGACCUCUUCGGACCAGCUGCUCGCCCCGUCCCACCGAGUUCACCUGAGGUCGACGUCCUGUCGCCAUGACAACGUGACAGCCGCCCCUGGUUCUGGACGACUGCCAGAGAAACCUCAUUUCCUCUGCAUCCUCGGCGCCGACCAUGUAGCGCCGGCGCGUCGCCCCUCAGCGCCAUGGCUGCCACGCCCCCUCUGGAGAAGGAGCAGCCGCUCCUGCAGCUCCAGGAGGUGGACUCCAGCCGGGUCUGCACCCGAGUGCUCUCCCCCAUCCUGGCCGCCUCGCCCCCGGCCGGCGCCCUGGACGCCACCCCGCCCGUCUGCAUCCCGUCCCCCUACACGGAACUGGGCCACGACUUCAGCGCCCUGCCCUUCUACGGUCCCACCGUCUUCAGCUACGCCGGGCCCGGGCUCCCCGAGCACCGGCCCCUGAGGCCCGGGCUCUUCUGGUCGGGUCCUGGAGCCGUGGGCUCGCCGCUGUCCCUGCACCCCUCGCAGGCCCGGCCCCAGCACGGCCCGCCGCUCCAGAGCCGCUGGGUGAAGAUGAGCCCGGGAGACGCCGUCCUGAAGUCCAGGCACAGGAGGUCUCAGGAGAGCGAGGAGCCGGUGGUGUCCUCGAAGGCCGACCUGCACUACUGCGCCGUCUGCCACGACUACGCCUCCGGCUACCACUACGGCGUCUGGUCCUGCGAGGGCUGCAAGGCCUUCUUCAAGAGGAGCAUCCAAGGUCACAACGACUACAUCUGCCCGGCCACCAACCAGUGCACCAUCGACAAGAACCGGCGCAAGAGUUGUCAGGCCUGCAGACUGCGCAAGUGCUACGAGGCAGGGAUGACCAAGUGCGGCAUGCGUAAGGAGCGCGGGAACUACCGCGGCCAGCAGAGCCGGCGAGCAGCCCGCCUGGCGAGGGAGAGCCGCGGCUCGGCCCAGGGGCCGACGGCCGGGCUGGCGCCAGCGGGCGAGCUGCCACCGCCGCCGCUGACCUCGGAGCAGCUGAUCGAGCGCAUCAUGGAGGCGGAGCCCCCAGACAUCUACCUCAUGAAGGACAUGACGCGGCCACUGACCGAGGCCAACGUGAUGAUGUCGCUGACCAACCUGGCGGACAAGGAGCUGGUCCACAUGAUCGGCUGGGCCAAGAAGAUCCCAGGGUUCGUGGACCUGAGCCUCCUGGACCAGGUGCACCUGCUGGAGUGCUGCUGGCUGGAGGUCCUGAUGCUUGGCCUGAUGUGGAGGUCUGUGGACCACCCCGGGAGGCUCAUCUUCUCCCCGGACCUCAGUCUCAGCAGGGAGGAGGGCAGCUGUGUCCAGGGCUUCGCUGAGAUCUUCGACAUGCUGAUCGCAGCCACGUCCCGAGUGCGAGAGCUGAAGCUGCAGAGGGAGGAGUACGUGUGUCUGAAGGCCAUGAUCCUGCUCAACUCCAGUACGUGCACACACACGCACACACACACACACACGUGCCAGUGUCCGGGUGUCUUCACGGCUGGACCCGUCUGCGUGUCAGACAUGUGCCUGGGCUCGACACAAGGGGGCGACGAGCUGCAGAGCCGCUCCAAGCUGCUGCGCCUGCUGGAGGCGGUGACGGAUGCUCUGGUGUGGGCCAUCGCCAAGACCGGCCUGGACUUCCGCCAGCAGUACACGCGCCUGGCGCACCUGCUCAUGCUGCUGUCGCACAUCCGCCACGCCAGCAACAAGGGCAUGGACCACCUCCACUGCAUGAAGAUGAAGAACAUGGUGCCUCUGUACGACCUGCUGCUGGAGAUGCUGGACGCCCACAUCAUGCACAGCUCCCGUCUGCCGCAGCCAGCCGCCACCCCCGCUCCGCCCCCCGACCCCCAAGGCGACGCCCCCUAGGAGCCCCUCGGGACUCUCAUGGACUCCUGCAGGUCCACGGUGCCCCGGGAGAGCCACACGCUAACAUGCUAUCGCGUCUGUUCUGAGGCUGAAGAGUGAGGCCCCUGCUGGCCCAGCCCAGGACACGCCCCGCGCUUCACUCAGCCGUCACUGCUUUGCCAAAGAUCUGACCCGCACUCAAAGUGCCAUUAUUCUGCCGACGUCGGCGCUUGAUCGUGGACCAACCGAGCUGAAGGUCUCUUGUUCUGUCUGAAAACAUUGUGAAAUCAAGUGGCUUCUUCUCGUGAAGUGAGAAUGUGAAGACUCGCGAGUCCGGCCGCCUCCAGGUGCCUCCGUGUCACAUGACCAUACGUAUCGUGAUGUGACUGGCUGUGAUCCAGCAUCGUUGAUGUCAUAACGUCACCUCUGAGCCUUCAUCUCAAAGCCCUCGUCACAUGACCUCCAGCUGUGGAGGAGCGCAGGUUCUACUCCGAGUCUCUGCUGGACGGCUGAGCUCCGGUGUCUGAGAGACUCCUGCACCUGUCCGUCACCAGGCACAGCAGCUCUGAGGAGCAGCUGUCGGUGGUGAACUUGGGUCACCGCUGUGUGACUCCGGCGCCGCCUCGACUCGGACCUGCUGCUCAGACGCGACUCCCAGCUGAGACCCAAUGAUUCCUGACUCUCGGUGCCGACUCGCGAAUGGUUCACGCUGCUUUGUUGCAAGGAAAUCUGAGUGGUGGAUUGUUCUGCUGCCUUAAUGUGAUGUCCCUGCCUGAUGAUGUCAUCACGAGCUCCGCCCUCACGGCAGCACUGCACUAAAACAAGUAUUUUGUAUGUCAGCUUUCAGUCUGGUGGACAAUCAGGAUCUGUGAGGACCACGGGGGCCAGGAGCAGGUCCCGGGUGGUCCACUGCUUCUCACUUGCCAUGUCUCUGCUGCAGCUCUGAUUUGUGUGACCAGUAAAGUCUGGGCUCAAACUGUGGUGUGUGUGUGUGGCUGUGUGUUCUCUGACCUGCUGGAGGUGCUCCAGGCCUGGACCUUCACGACGUCUGGACGCUGAGCGACCGGACCCUCACGGGGCGCCAGGCAGGAAGAUGGAGUCCAGACCUGAAGAACUUCAUGAGCGACUUGAACGAUUGAGCAGAAGAUGGUUCAGGUCAACAGGUGUCACGGCCUGGUCGCUCAGCCCUGACCAACAUCUGGGUGAGGCUCGUCUCCAGCGACUGGUCGGAUUAACCAUCAGCGCUUGUUAAACCCGAUCUUUCAGUUCAGUCUGACUCGUCGCCUGUGACCUCGCCGUCGUCGCUGACCAACAUCAGACCUGCGGCCCGAUCGUUCAGAAGAAUUUGAAAUAUUCAACCCGGUUCACGAAGUAAAGAAUUUUAUUUUAAAAAGCUUUAAAACUCGACAGACGUCUGAUCUAAAGUGUAGCUGAAGUUUGAUGGACUUGGAUUCAGAACUCGCGGGUGGCACCGUCGUCGCCAGUGAACGACGUGUAGUUCAACUCUGAGCAGGUAGUUUGGUUGCAAUAAAUAAACAGCUCUCAUUAAC